CCUCCCACAAAGAGGCAUUGCUCGGUUCCUGGAAUCAGUCGGGUACAAAGUGUGAAGUUUUCUUGUGACUUUAGGACUUCUGUAGUGAAAUGUUACAUUUUUUACCAAGACACUUUCGGGAAAGACUAGAGCUCGUUGGACAUGUCUGCUGUGGAGAGAAGAGGAGCUCCAGAGCCUCACCGGGAAAACAGACCUUCCAGGAAUCCGGAUUUCAAACGUCCCAGGAGGCUCCCGGCUCGGCCCAGGCAUCCCGUCAGCACGAGCACCUGGCUGCCUGACGGCUCCCGCUCUGCACCCCACGCUCACAGGAGCCCCGUGUAUGUGUCUUUUGUCAGCAGGGCCACCUUGUGGGAUAGAGGACUCUGCCACUACACUGCCCCCGAUCGUCCAAACCAUCGUCCCUUGUUGUGUCCUCGCUUCUUGUCUCACAUGAACGCUCGUCCUGAGGAUCUCAGACCUCCUUGUUUCCUGAGCUCCAAGUCCAGACUGCAGCCUCCGUCUCAGGAGAAGAUGCUGAACACACACACGCUCACUGCCGCGCGGACACGAGCGCUGGAGGGUCACGUCCAUCUCAAUCCAGACGGAAGAAGGAACCGUGUGCAGAUGACCGGAAGCUCUCCUGCUGUAGUCGUCCCCUCUCUUCCGCUCCCUGCUGCUCCACCAUCAUCCACCUUUAACCCAACACCUCCCCACCUAAACAACCUUCACGACGACUUCGAGACGCAACAAAGUAAACCCGACUCUGUGCCAGCGUCUCCCUCCCGCCCUCAUCCUGCCUCGGAGGGAAAAGAGGAAUUUCACGAGAGGGAGCGAACACCUGCUGAGCUGUCCGUCACAGAGUCACCAGAACAAUCGCCGCCGCCGGCCUCCACCAUCUCACACGGGUCUCUGUCUGAUUUUAGUCGUCCACCAUCGAGCCUGUUCAGCCGCAGCACCGACCUCGCCAGUGGCAGCAGCAGCGUCCUGUCUGAUAUCCGAGACUCAGACCCUGAAGGCAGCACUUGUUUCUCUCCGCUCCGGCCUUGCUCGGUGAUGGAGUCACCUUCGGGCUCUUCCCCUCCAGCAGGAUGCAACCCUCGCCAAUCAUCCACGAACGCUACGGCCACGCCUCCACUCUGUGAACCCCUCCCACCUCGCCCAACGUCGGGUGUCCGUCCUCCGUCUGAUGAACCUCUGAGUAGGCGUGAAAGCGCAAAAACAGAGAAGCUCCACCAGGAUGCAUCUGCAGAUCCCGGCCUCCACCCGUCUUUGGACUCCGAUCACGGCCUCGUUACCUUGGCGUUCCCCUCCACUACUUGGUCUUCCUGCCCGAGUCCACAGAUGACCACUCCCCGCUCCGGGUCAGGACCAAAGCUGACCCCUCCUGCAUCAGUGACUCUGCUGGAGUCUCAUCGCUGGCCCGUCCUGCCUCCCAUCUCUCCUGUCAGAGGACGCUGUGGCACGGCAGCGUCGCGCUUCUCCGAGCUCAGCUGCAGUCAGUCUCGCGUGUUUGAUGAGCUGGAGGCCAUCGCCCCUCGGUCCACUUCCUGUUCGUCUCUGGACCAGCCGUCGGACUCAUCCGGCUGCUGCUCACCCGACACAGAGUUGUCUCCAGGCCUGGCGGCGCUGACGGUGGGCUGUGACUCGGGGAAUCUGGGCUCCCUGUCCCGGGUCCAGCUGCUCCUCCUGGAUCGACCGGAGCCCGAUACCCCGCUGAGUCCCUUCGGUCAGGAAGAGGAGCUCUCACCGGGUCACUGGGCCGACCUCAGGAUGCAAGUACGAGCCGGGAUUGACUUCAGAAGGUGUUCUGAGGCCCCUCACAGCUGGCAGCAUCUCUGAAAGGUGUGACUCCUCAGGGAAAGUCCAGGAAAACAAAUCGGAUCCGUCUGAAGGUGAUUCUGGGUCACCGUCUUCAUGGAUCAUAGACCAGAGUCCAUCAUGCAACAUGUUCAGAUCCGC